AUGAGUGAGAACGAAUAUUCGGCCCUUGGUUAUCCAUGGUUACAGGAGUUCCCUCUUGAGUCCGAUUUUCUUAAGCACAUUCCAGCUCGUGCACAAAGAGGACUGACAACUUUUGACCUGGUCUUAAGCUGUUUGGAUGUGGAUGGUUCCUACAUUGCUCUUGGAUCCAAUGUGGGCAUCGUUUACCUUUUCGACCGCAAGCGAGGCUGUUUGCAGAAGUUAAAAGAUGAAUUCAAAGAUGAAGUGACUUGUGUUAAACUUUUAUUAUCCUUGGAGUGCUUAGUUGCUGUUGGUUUCAAAAAUGGUCAUGUUCUCAUCUUCAGAGUGCCCUUUAUCCAAGAGAAUGAGCUUGAAAAUUCAAAACUGGAAAAAUUUCAAAUAAAGGGCUUGCAUACAUCUGCCAUAACUGCUCUGGAGUGGUCCACAAAUGGUACUACUAUCUACAGUGGGGAUCAAAAUGGUCUUGUAGUAUGCACAGAAAUUGAUCACUUGGAACGCCAGAGUCGGUCAAAAGCUUUAAGAGAGGAAGGAAAUCAAGUUCUGCAAUUGAGUUGCAAUAAGUACUUUCUCGUCAUAUCCACCGUGUUCCGAUCUUUGGUGUUUUCCUUGAACCAUGAUACCUGUGUUCAGAUAGGCCAGAAGGAAAGAAAACGAUUCGGGCCGUUCGGAGCCAUCCUCUUCGAGAAAGACAGCCACGACCAAACCGUGUUCGCAUCCCGUCCCGGCCAACGACUCUGGCGAUCGGACACUUCCGGCUUCAUCCACGAGACGAUGAUCUUCAAAGACGCCCUCUGUGAUCCAAAACUUCCCUUACUGCCGCUGUCGUCCAGUACGAACGUACCAUGUGAUCCGUCAGAGAUCCAGUUUGGCCCUCUGGCUGUGUACGACUACAGAUACGUCCUCGUCUGGUCGGAUUCUGCCGUCCUGUUGAUAGAUCCCGAGCAGAAGUCUGUCAUCGGGUGUUCUCCGAAGCUGGAUCCGGUCCUCGGUGUUGCCACUUCCGGGAAUGAAAUUUUCAUCCUGAGAGGGCUGCGUGAGAUUGUUAGAGUAUCACCUCAACCAGAUCCCUUCUGUGGUGUCAAAAUUCCAGAAGAGCCCUCCCUAGUGGACGAAAUCUUAGUUCCCUUGAAAGGUCUGAGCACUUUUAUGAGAGAAAGAAGCGAUUCGCUUUCACUACAGGUCAACGCCUCUUCUGACCUGUUCGGUUGGCUGAGAAAGAAAAGGUCUGAAAGCUCACCUACUGUGUUGGAACAGGAAAUAGAGUUGGAAAGUGAGGACACAAAACUUCCCGAGAUAGUGAACUUGAGUUUCGAGGAUUGCAUCCCGGUGCAGUUGGAGGCUGAAGCCAACAGACCUCGGAUAAAGAUUGAGGAGCCCCUGGAGAGCGAAUACGAUGACAUAGUGUUCAAGCCUAAGAAGAAAAAGAAAAAGAAAGUACGUUUUUCAAAUGAUACUAAAAGUAAUGAUGGAAAACAAUCAUUGGUGAUAGUUGAACAAGUUGAAACUUCUUCUGAAAAAAGUUCUGGCACUUCAGUAACCAAGCAUAAUUCUAUUGAUGAAAAUGGACAAUCAUCUCCUUCCGAAAUUGUAAAUUGCAGUGAUACCUCUGAUGAUGCCUCCACUCCUAGUCCUGAAAUUAUCAUGCCAAAUGAAUCAAACUGUGUAGAUGCAAAUCAAAACUUCAGUGACAAUCAACCUCUACAAAAUACUUUAAAUGGAUCAUUAGAACAUGUUGAAAAUCAAAUCACUGAUCAAACGGACACCAUCAAUAAUAAUAAUAGUUCAGUUGAAAUUUCUGAAUUUGAAGAAAGUAUGCAAUUUGAGGGUGAAAAUGUUCUUAAUGAAAAUGAUUUAAAUCAAAACUACUUAAAUAAAUGUGAUAACUCGUCUCAGCCAAAAGAUCAAGAACUUGAUCCGUUUGACAUAUAUUCACUGUCCGAUUCCUCAAAAGAUGUUCAAAGCAAUCCAUCCACUGCUGUUGUUGAGAAGAACACCCCUGAAGCACCCACCAACCAGGAUUCCUUGACCAGUUCCACAGAUUCCUUGACGACAGAGCCUCCAAAAUAUGGGGUGGAUUGGGUGGAAUACAAAGCUCCCGAGAUGCUACUGGAUCUCUGCACCAGCAACGACCACAUCUUCUGCGUGGACAUUAGAAACCAGCUGUAUUUCUCGAAGUAUCCAGUACUGGGCUUGCACUGGAUAGAACUGCCUCAGCCAGCGGAAAAAAUUGCCUCUUCUCCGUCAGAAAGUAUUGUCUGGGCUCUGUACAGAGGUACUGUAUUCGGUGUUGUGCAGAAGGCGAAGUUGCUGUGGCUUGAUACCGAAUGGAUGUCGGUGGCACGAGAUGUCAUAUCCAUUGCGGUUGAAGAUGACUGUGGUUGGUAUGUGAGCUCCACUGGCAAACUUCUGGUUCAAAGGAAUUUAACAUCAUCUCAGCCUUAUGGGUACCCCGAGAAAGUUCCUUGUAAAUAUGUGAUCUCUCAAGUAGCAGCUAAAAAUGGGGUUGUGUGGGCUCUGUCUGAAGGGGGUUGCUUGUAUUGCUGUAAAAGCUUGAACAGCAAGACCCAAUAUCAGUGGAAGCAAAUAGUCAUCCAGGAAGCUGUAGACAUUGACACUAUCCACCUUGGAGAGCAAAAAACUGGCUGGAUGGUGGAUUCUGCUGGCAUUAUACUUUUCAAAAUUGGAGUCAUGUCUGAGAAUCCUGCUGGAAUAGAAAAAUCCUGGCAGGUUGAGUCAAGCAGCUACUUAGUCCAGCAUGCAAAUGGUCGCCAAAAACUGCCAAAAAUAUCUGUCAACAGUGAGAUGCUGACUAAUCUCAUUCGAGGGAAGCAGCACAUUUGCUUGUCAACAUCGACCUUUGGGGUCUGGUUUUGCAAAACAUUUGAUCAUCUAGUCUACUCAAAUCAAAGGAAUAUAAUCGGUCAUGCAUGGGAACAAGUCAUUCCUCCCAGCACUGCUUCAACCACCAAGUGGAAUAUGAUAGCAACAACAAAUGCUGUUAAUAGUGAAGGUGCUCUGUGGUGUGUCAACAGCAAUGGUGAACUCUUCUGCUACUGCCUUUCCUCAAAAGCUAUCUAUGCUGUUGAGCUUCCUCCGAUUAGCAGAAUCAAGUGCUUACAACAGUGCGAUCAGUCAUUGUGGCUGCUGUCUGAAGAAGGUACCAUUUAUAUCCGAAGAGGCAUCACGCCAACUUGCCAGCAAGGGAUGUUCUGGCAGCCUCUUGAUACAAAAGAACUAGGAAGCUAUCAAAUCAAGAACAUCAGUUGCUCCCACAAUGUUGUGUGGGGCUGUACUGCCGAAGGCCAAGCACUGUUGAGACUUGGCUCAUUGAAUCCUUCUCCAAAUUCCGUCCUGCUCCAAGCUUGGUUUCCGAUCGAUAAUGAAGAAGAAUUAGAAGCUGUCAAGAUCUAUGUUGGUCCCCUGGGUUACCCGGUGUGGAUUAUUGACAGCCGCAGAAACGUGUAUGCCCGAGAAAAGGUCAGCAGCAGCUUUCCCUUUGGAGAAAAGUGGACCCUGGUGCCAGAAUUGCAGGCACAAGAAUUGUGCAUCAGCAGGGGCGCAGUCUGGCUGCUCACAGAAUCGGGGAAAAUUUAUCGCCGUUUCGGAGUGACCGAAAGGAACCCUUGCGGAGAUUAUUGGAAGCAGAUGCCUGGAUUAAUGGAUCACUUAACAGUGACCGAGAGUGACGACCUGUGGGGCUUGAGAGAUGGUUCCAUAUUCUGCCAUUCCUCCUUCGUCUUGAAUUAUUCACAGAAAGCAACGGAGCGGAUUCCCGUGCGAAGCAUCAGCGAGGAUGAUUGGGAAGACAUCACUGCCGAUGAAUAUGGCGAUGACACGUAG